UUGGGAGUAUAGUUGGAGGUCAGAUUCAUUUAAUUGACUUUGCAAUGUAUUUACUAUGAAAUUAAUGAAAGAAAAACCAAUAAAAAAAACACAAAUUCACAACAGAAACCUCUCUUUCUUCUUUCCAUGUAUGAGAGAGACUCUCUCUGAGUCUCACUAACACAGACAUCACACAUAAUUGGAUCCUUUCACUCUCCUCCCAUUCUCAUAUACUCUUCACGAGGAUGAUAGCUCCAGCUCAGCCCCCCAUGCACCACAACCAGGCCCCAUCUUCACCUUUGUCAGCAAACUCCCCUGCAGUAGACUUCAGUCCACCUUUAAUAGCAAUGGUUGUCGUCGUUGCCGCCGCCUUCGUCAUUGUAACCUAUUCCCGCCUCCUCACUCGCCACCUAUCACCUCCCAUACACCGCCUUAUCCAACGCUUCCAUAGCCGGCGUUUCCUCCCUCCCUCCUCCUCAUUAGGUGACAUCGAAUCACUGCAAUACGAAUCAUCAACGUUUGAAGCUCCCCACACCUUUGGCUUAGACGAAUCCAUUAUCAAAACUAUUCCGUUCUUCAUCUAUACAACUAAAUACGAACAAGAAUCCCUCCGUGAUUGUGCCGUUUGUUUACUUGAAUUCGAAGAUCAUGAUUAUGUUCGCACUCUACCUCUCUGUUCGCACACCUUUCAUCUUGAUUGUAUCGACGCUUGGCUUCGUUCGCACGCUAACUGUCCUCUCUGUCGCGGUGUUCUUCUCUGUGAGUCUCCUUUCAGACCUCUCAUGGCCGCUAGAAUACGUCCAUCGUUUCAUGACCAAACGAAUAUCCUCCACCUCGAUACACCUUUUCAUAACUCGAACUCUGUACAACCGGUGCCGGAGAUUACUCCUCAUUCUCCGGUUAUGAAUAAUGCCGACGAGAAUCGGUUUAUCAGACGCGAGGAUUUUCUGUUGAAACGGUCUUAUUCGUUUGGUUUUGAGAGAAGUUUGCCGUCAGAGAGGAUGGUAAUCGAUCCUGCCGCGACCUCGCCGUGGCGGUAUCGGAGAGGGAACACGAGUUUCUGGAGCAAGAGACCGUCGCCGUUUGGUUCAUUAGGGAAGUCGAGAGUGUUUUCAUUCAGAUAUUAUAGAGGAAUGAAAUCUCCGUUUUUCCGCAGGAGAGGAUUCUUUCCGUUGUCGGAGUCAAGUGUAAGGUACGCCGACGGAGGAACCUCGUGGCGGAGGAGCAAAUCAAUAGCGAGUCCAAUGUUCUUAAGAUCAUCAGCCGCGGUAUUCUCGUCGAGCCGUUUAAGAUGCGGUGAUCCGGAAGCGUUACUAUCGCCGGAGAGAUUCAACCGACGACGAUGACGAUAACGAUAAGAUGAGAAAAUAGGUUGGGAAUUGAAUUACGGUAUUAAUGAAUUUGAAGAGGACACACACGUGUCAGAAUAUGAAUGGUCGAGAAAGUCAAAGAAAAAGAGAAAUUAAAUGAUGGAGGUGGCGUGUACUGUGUUGGUCUGGCAAAAUGUGUCGACGAGACGAGAGUCAUUAAAUGGAUGUUAGGAGAGAGCAUUUAAUUAGAAUUAAUUGGCGAGAGAGAGAGAGAUUUAUUUGCAUGUGGAUAGGUUCUGACAGUGUGGUGGGGGGUGAAUUAAAAGCUCAUUAAUGCAAAUUUAAAUGUGCAUUUGACAAAUGUGUUGGUGUUUCGACUUUCCUAGUAAGGAGUGGGAAGAAGAAGGCGUGGCGGAAGAUAGAGAAGGGGCGGCCCAUUAAUUGAAUAGGCCCAAGAAAAUGACUAAUCAUCACUGUACUGAGCGAACUCCAGAACAGGAAAGGGAGAUGGAUUAGCCUGAAGAAGAAAAGGUUAGAGCUAGAUAGGUUUGAAAAUGAACUUUUGUGCGAUCGUUGGCUUCACUGAGAUCACGUGUUCGCCGUUGCACCUGCAUGCCCGCGUUGCCGUUGCUUGAAUUUUCUCAAGCAGUCAAGUGGUGCGUUUAUUUUGUAAUUAAUUAUAUUUAAUUAGUUAUCGGUAUUGUUGCUUGGCCGAUGUUGCAUGACGUGUUUCUAUAUGCUUUAAUUUUCUUUUACAACUAGAUAUAUUGUUUCAAUUUGAAUAUCUUCUACUAUGUGAUAUAAACAAGCGUAAUGUUCAAAAUAAAAUAAAAAAAUAUUAGAAAUUGUACGAUAUAUUUAAUACAAGUUCAUAAGGAAUGAUUAUAUAAUUUUUUUUAA